UUAGUCCAUAAAAAUGGCAGAGGCUGGUAUUUCAGUAGAAAAGGAUCAGUUCAGCUGUCCAGUGUGUCUGGAUCUCCUGAAGGAUCCAGUGACUACUCCCUGUGGCCACAAUUUCUGCAAGGUCUGUAUUAAUCGCUUCUGGGAUCAGGAGGAUCUGAAGGGCGUCUACAGCUGCCCCCCUUGUAGAGAGACUUUCACUCCAAGGCCUGUUCUACGCAGGAAUAACAUGCUGGCUGAAGUGGUGGAGAAACUGAAAAAGACUGAACUCCAAGCUGUUUUUCCUGCUCACUGUUACGCUGGACCUGGAGAUGUGGAGUGUGAUUCCUGCAUUGGGAGAAAACGCAAAGCCAUAAAUUCCUGUCUGGUGUGUCAGGCCUCCUAUUGUGAAGAUCAUCUUAAACCUCACUUUCAGUCUCCUGCCUUUAAGAAGCACAAGUUUGUUGAAGCCUGUGCAGAGCUCCAAGAGAAGAUCUGCUCUGAGCAUGACAAACUAAACAAGAGCUACUGUCGUACUGACCAAAGCUUUUAUUUGUGUAUGAUGGAUGAACACAGAUGCCAUGAUACUGGUUCAACUAAACUGAAUGAGCUACAGGAGGAGCAGAUGAAAUCUCAGCAGAGGAUCCAGGAGAAGCAGAAGAAGGUGCAGGAGCUGAAACAGACUGUGGACGCUAUCAACAGUUUCCCGUCUCUCUGUGUUUCUCCUGGAUCUGAGGACUCACCCAGCUUCACUGUCCAUCAACAUCUCUCAUUUGAUGGAGUGAGGAAAUCUCUCUCAGAGCUGAAGCAAGAUGAGGAAAUGUGUGAGGAGGAAUUCAACCAAAUCUGUCCACAAGUUGCAGCAGUUCAGAUGAUUUUAUCCUCAGAACCGAAGAGCAGAGAAGAUUUUUUGCAGUAUUUCUGUUAUCUGACUCUGGAUCCCAACACGGCACACCGUCAACUCAUUCUAUCUGAAGAGAACAGAGCAGUGUCACACAGUAGGAAAGAACAGCGAUGUUCUAAUCAUCCAGAGAGAUUUGACUCCAGGACUCAGGUGUUGUGUAAGGAGAGUGUGUGUGGACGCUGUUACUGGGAGGUGGAGUGGAGCGGUGGAGUGUCCAUAUCAGUCUCGUAUAAAGAGAUCAGCAGGAAAGGAGGGGGUAAUGAGUGUGGGUUUGGAUACAACAGUCAGUCCUGGAGUCUGCGUUGUUCUUCUUCCUCUGUCUCUUUCCGGCACAACAAAAUUAACACUGAGCUCCGAGGUCCAGCGUCCUCCAGAAUAGGAGUGUAUGUGGAUCACAGUGCAAGAACUCUGUCCUUCUACAGCAUCUCUGACACGAUGAGGCUCCUCCACAGUGUCCACACCACAUUCACUCAGACUGUAUAUGCUGGGUUCAGGAUAUGGUAUAACUCAGCUGUGAGGUUAUUUGAUCCAAAAUGAAAUGUUAGUAAAAGUGUUUAGAAAAAUUAAAACUGAGGUAUCAGAUUUAAAUUUGCCCUGAGCUAAAAUGACACUUUUGUGUGCUCAAAAUUUAAUGCUAAUAAAUUAAUAAUAAUAUUUUUUUUUCUUGCUUUAACUUUUCUAUAAUUUAAAAAGUUACAUAAAUAAUCUCUUAAUACAGAAUGUAGGAUGUUUAGAGAAAAAAUGAGAAAUGUAUCAAGCAUGCUAUUUACCUGUAAACACAAAUUAAUUUGUACUGUUUAUAUAAACUUUAUUGUACUGUUAUUGUACUGUUAUGUGAUUUACAAUGUCUCAAAAAAAUUCUGCUUUUCUUUGGCUAAGACUGUUUCACCUUUCAGCAUUUUCUGGUGAAGGGUUGGGUUCAAAUACAGCACACUCUGCAAAAAAAUUAUACUUACUAAUAAAAAAGAAAUAUAUA